CUCCUCGCAGGUAUAGGACCAGAUCAACUGCCAAGAAAGAUAAAGAUAAAAAAGAAAGAGUUACUAAAAACCGUGACUCUGAGAAAAAAGAAAAGUUAAAGGAUUCUGACAUGAUAAAACCUAUUCUUAACAAAGAUGGAAGUGUCACGCUAUACCAGUGUGAAGAAUGUAACAAAGUGUUUAAUAAAAAGCAGACUUUACGUCAACAUUUCAUCACACACACCAAUAGAUUUGCGUGCCCUUAUUGUGAGGCGCGCUGUAAAAGUAAAGGUGACCUUCGCACUCAUAUUCAGACCCACACAAAGGAAAAGCCAUUCCAUUGCGAUGUCUGUAAUACAGACUACACCAGAGAGAGUAUACUAAGGAAGCACAUGAAGACCCAGACUCACAUGAGAGCAUGUUAUGAGCGUGACAGUUUGGUGAGACUGCAGAAACAGUCUGGCAAGCCUGCUGGGGAAAAAGAUUUAGACCAGUUUGUCCCUGCUCAGACCAAAGUGAGGCUAGAGGGCUUCUCCUGCAGUCACUGUCCGAAAAUUCUGUUUUCUAAGGCAGAAUACAGAAAACAUGUCAAGUCACAUGAUUUCAAGUGGGUGUGCAAUGUUUGCCAGAAAGGCUGUAAAACUGCUUUGCUUUUGAAACUACAUAAAAAAUCGCAUACCAAAAGCAAUCACUUGACUUGCAGAGUUUGCUCAAGAACCUUUGCCAACCUGUAUAGUUUAAAAGAACAUUUAAAGUCACAUAAAUCUUCACAGCAGAAUAAGCCAUCCGAGGAAAUGUUAAUCAAAGCUGCUAUACACAAACACAAUAAAGAUAUUGUUAAGCUGAAGAUGCACAGCACAGUUAGUAGUGCUCCAGUUGUGCAACAAAAGGUGACCGUGUUUGAAUGUGAAGUCUGCAAGAAAACAUUUUCAAGUGAGAAGCGCUUAGACAACCACAGUCGUUUGCAUGAUGGCACAUACAUUUGUGGGAUUUGUAAGAAAGCAUUUGGAACAGUAACAAAGCUGAAAAUACAUUUGCGAUUUCAUGGGCGAAUGUUUCAAUGUGAUACUUGUGAUAAAAGUUAUUUUGAUGAAAAGGAGUUGCAUGAGCAUAUUCAAAACCAACAUGUGAUGGAAAAAAAUUACCCGUGUAAGAUCUGCAAUGAUAGAUUUUUAACUGCAUCUGAUUUAAAACAACAUGUAAAUCACCAUGCACCAACCAUGCUCUUCAGUGGGGCCUCCCUUGAAGAGAGCACCAUACCAGUUGUGAAUCGAGCUUUUAAAAAAUCUGCAGGUUUCAAUGCCUCAAAAUUUUCUGAUACAGAAGAAUCAAGUGAAGAUGACGAUCCAAGCACUAAGACCCAACAAGAUUGUCAGAAGCUGUGUGAAUCAGAUGAUGACAGCAUUUUAAGUAGCAGUGAAUUCUUUGAAAUUAUCAACAGUGCACUUGAUGGCAGUGAUGACAAUCUAAAUGAAACCGAACUGUCUGACUCUGAUGAUGAGCUGUUUAGUGGUAUCAAAUCUGUUCUAGAAUCUGAAGUGCUCAGUUCUGCAGAAUCAGAAAACGGAGAUGUCAAAGAUUCUUAUUCACUUCAAAAGCCCAUUUUGUUCAGCCACAAUGAUAUUAUGAAAAAACACCAUUUGGAAUUUGAACGGAAUUCCGAGGUAGAUUCUGAAAGAAAUCAGUUUAAAUGCAAACUAUGUGACUUGCGUUUUGAGGAGCAUAAAUUUCUAAAAAACCACUUGAAGUGCCACGUUUGUGAAUAUUGUAAUAAAUUUUUUUCCGACAAAGAAAAACUAGCGGCUCAUAAAGCCCGUCACGUCAAGCAGCUCUUAAAAGAAAUUAAAUGUGAAGCAUUCCGCUUGCAAAUACCGAGGUACAAAUGGAAAGGUUACCUUAUGGCAUCUUCUGAGUCUGAAGAUGACUUGGAGGAUCAAUUUCUAAAUGAAUUAGAAGACAUUUUGGAAGGUGAGCCUCCUAAAGUACCACGUGCUGUUAAUUUUCUCCAUACAUUGUCUCAUGAUGAAAUAGUCAGAGCAAAUAAACAAAUUUUUGAUCACUAUUCCUGUUUAGAUGUAACUAAUAAUAUAUUUGCAUGUACAAUCUGCAAGCGCAAGUAUGCUAGGCCAACUACCCUGACUAGGCAUUUCAAAACGCAUGUUUGUCAAUUUUGUAAUAAGUUCUUUGAGGACAAAUCUGAUUUACUUGAACAUAAAUACAGACAUCGAAAGAAGGCUGCAUUGAUGAAGGCUGAAAUCACAGGAGAGGGCAGCAAGAUGCCACCCUCCCCUAUUGUUUCUAAACAAAAUCGUGAUAUGUUCAAGAGAUACUCAUAUGUGGAUACUGAGAGAAAUAUCAACAGAUGCACCCUCUGCUGCAAAGACUUUGUUCGCAGAACAGUCCUAACACGUCACAUGAAAACACAUAUUUGUAGUCACUGUGACAAAUUUUUUGAAGACAAAUAUGAUCUUGCCAAACACGCUACUUUUCACAAAGUUGAAAAGCAGUACAUGGAGGAUGAUGGUGCUGAGAAUGAGGAAUAUACGGAGUUUGAUGAAGAUGAAAAGCAGUAUUCCACCAAUUCAUCCAUUGCAGGAAAUUUGGACAAUGAUGAUAAAAGCAUAACCCUUCCUCCCUCAUUCUCAUCUUCAAUGGGUCACUUUAAUGCUUCAUUUCAUUCUCAGCCCUCAUGUAGUGGCAGGAAUGAUACAAUUACAUUUAUUCAAAUUCCAAGCUCAGAGAGUAGUGAAGCAACUGGAGGCCAAGUAUUUUCAGCUACAGGAAAUGGGACAUCAUCAUACCAAUUGAUCUCUCAGCCAGUUGAAGUGUACAAAGACAGUACACAAGAAUCUUUUCUAGUGGCAUCCACAAGUUGUCAGGGGCAAGAAGCUGAUAAAAUAAUCACAAUAUCUCAACCUCAAAUUGUCCCAUCCAGCUCAGAGAACAGAGAAAGGCUGUUUGAAUGUGGAGAGUGUGGAAAAAGGUUUUUCAAGAAUGGUCACUUGAAGUCCCAUAUGACUAUCCAUACAGGUGACAGGCCCUAUGUGUGCCGCCUGUGUGGGAAGGCAUUUGGAAGAGGAACCACAUUACGAAAACAUGAGAAAACUCACAUGAAGAGGUGUAAGAUCUGUGAUACCACCUUUACGCACAAGUAUGAGCUUGAUUUGCACAUGGAAAUUCACAGGACAUACGCAUUUUACAAGUGAUUAUAAUUAUAAUGAAAAAGUUGUUUAAGAGAUAUUAAAUUAUCUGGGUUUGUAAAUUUAAAAUACUUUAUUCAUAUAUAUGUAUAUAUAUAUAAAAUUUGUUAAAAGGAAUGAAUGUCUGUGAUAAGUUUUAUACAUUUCCUGAAGUUUGUUUGUGCAAGCCACACAUUAAAUUUUGGAAGGGAGAAAAAAAAACCCGAAGAAAUAGCAAGAUUGACAUACAGGUAUUACAUUUAAAUUUAAUUUCAACUGUG